AUGUGGUUUCGUGUAUCAGCAGACGGUCAAAGGGAGUUCACCCAUCACACGGACCUAAACCAAAUCAGCCUGUCUUAUCGUGGACGCACACGUUACAUCGGCGGAAGCUACUCGAGCUGUUCGGUCCAAAUUCGAGCUGUCAAGCUGAGUGAUGCAGGCCAGUACCACUUCAGGUUCAAGACGGAUCAACCACUGGGACGAUGGACCUCGCCAGACACCAUCACUCUAGACACAUUCACACAAGACUUCACUUUGGUUUUUUUCUGUGAAUGCGUGCAUGUGUCAGACCUCCAGGUCCAGCUGCAUCCAACAAGGCCAGCCAACAUGUUUGGCUUUGCAGAGACUGUGUUUGUCGGCUGCCAGGCCACAGGAUGUGCUGCCCCAGGAAGGAGCCUCGCGUUGUACAGAGAUGGUCAAAACCUGGGUUCCUAUGAUAAAUGGAUGAUAAUCAAACGCUUCGACCGAGUACACGUUGGAGCGUACAUCUGUCGACCGAUCCCGCCACAGAAUGUGCAGUCCCCACCCCUCUUUCUGGCUCUCGGCCAUGCUCCUCGUUCUACCUCCAUCCAAGUUUCUCCUUUAGGAGUGGUGUCAGAGGGCGGGUCGGUCACUCUGUCGUGCAGUAGCGAAGGAGCUCCACCGGUAGAGAGCUUCGCCUGGUUCAAAGACAUGGAGACUGGCAGCAUCCCAGAUAGUUUUGGGCCUCGACUCCACCUUACUCGCCUCAAAUACACAGACGGAGGAGAGUACUUCUGUGUGGCGCGGAACUCCCUCGGAACCGAACGGUCCGAACCAUUUCUUCUCAAUGUGACAUUCUCACCCAAAAACACCCAUGUGCAGAUAACACCGCCUGGUGACAUUCGAGAAGGCUCCUAUGUGAACCUCAGCUGUGUUAGCCGUGCCCAUCCCCCUACCAGCAGGCAUGCUUGGUAUCGCAUCCUAGGAGACCAGGUGCUAGCAAAAGGAAGCGUCCAGAACUUGACGUUCCCUUCAGUGCGUGCUCACCAUGCCGGUCAGUACUACUGCAUGGCCUGGAACCGAUUAGGACACCAAACCUCUCAUAGCGCCGCUCUCACUGUGCUGUGUAAGUUGUGUUCAUGUGUUUGA